AUAAAUAUUUGCCUUUUAUUGGUACAUGGAUUUUUGCUGAAUUUUCACGGAUUAUCAGCAAGAUUCACAGUGAAAAUAGUGGGAAGUGAGAGAAUAAAGUGUGCAGCAUCAUCAGAAAUCGAAGGCAUUUCAAGCAAAUCGUUUUUUUGCACGGAUUUUGCAAAUAUCAGAGGAUAACUUUUCAGCUGAAAGCAUUCCGAGAGAAGUAAACAAAUCGGACGGAAGAGAGAACUGCGCGACAGGGAGUGCGCAAGCGAUUGACAAGUCUGUGUGGGUGGCUUUUACUCUUCCGGAGGCAGUUUUUCGCAACAUGGAUAGAUAUAGGCUGAUGGAGUCGCAUGUGAAGAUCACAGAGCAGCUGAUCAAGCUGGUGAAGCCACAUCCGGAGCUGUACGACAUGAAUUCCCAUCUAUACAACGACAGGACGCACAUUGAUGGCCUCUGGGCAUCGAUUUCGCACAUCAUGCAGAUGUCCACCACGGAGGUCAGGACAAAGUGGAAUUCGCUCAGGAGUCAGUUUAUGAGGGCUCUGAAGCACGAAAGGAUGCCAUAUGGCGCUUCUGGACGGCGCAGAAAGAAGUGGUACAUGAUGGACUCGCUGAACUUCCUCAGGGGUGUUCUCACGCUACCGGACAGUGCUGAGAGUGUAAUUGGCGGCGAUAAACCCGCUCCAGAUGGGAUGCUAGUGAAGCGACUGCCCGCCUUUCCGGAGAUUCCACUCGUGGUGAUGAAGCAGGAAUCGCAGAGUGGCGACAGCGAGGCAGAAGUGGAGGAGAUGCAAUCGCCAGAGAAGAAGAGUCGCAUUGGCGACGACAGAGACAGUCCAGUGGCGAGAUUUGGCGAGAAAUCCUUCCCUGAGGAAUCGUACGCCUCAACAUGUCUCUUCGACGAACCUCCCGGACACUCUGGUGGCAUCUCUCAGGCGGAGAACUACGAUCAGCUCUUCUUCCAGAGCCUGGACAAGGAUAUCAAGAGAUUGGCGCCGCACCGGCGACGACGUCUCAAGGAAAUCUUCCUGCAGACACUGAACAAUCUGCUGGAUCAGCAGGAAAUGGAGCAGGAGAGGAAUUCCGUGGCCAGAGUGUGCCAGAGGGCGCAGAAUUGAGAAAGGAUUAAUUGUAAAUUGUGCAUGGCUUCCAAAGCCUCGUUUUUUUGUGAUUUCCAGGUAAGAUCGUGAAUAACUUACUUAUUUAUCAAGAAACAAUGACAAAGAGAAGUGUUGAACAUUGUGCAAAUGUAAAAGAUAUCGAAUAAAUGUGA